AUGUAUGAGCAUGGUGUCGACAAUACAUACACCAUCUGGAGUUUACAUGGUGAGAGAAAGGAUGGUGCUUUAACAAGUCGUUCUAAGGGGAAGGCCGUAGUCGAAGAAACGCCUGAUAAACAAUCAUAUUAUUUGAAUUUGAAUGAUUUUAUUGACUCUUCCUUUGGUAUUCAUCAUGACCAUGAUGGAACACAAAUUGGAGAAUCACCCUUAGAAGAUCCAGAUGUCGAGAAUCGUUAUAAUAGGUACAAAUCGUUAGCGGGAGAGAAGUUAUACCCUGGGUGUGAAUACAAUCUCACAAUCCUCUAUGUUAUGGUAGAAUUGCAUAAUGUGAAGAAAACUUAUAAAAUUUCGGGUAACUGUGUCAACACUUUGUUGGAUUUGUUAAGAGAAUGGCUUCCGGAACCUAACAAGUUGACCAAAAACUAUGAUGCUAUGAGGUCAAUGCUUAAGGAUCUGGGGAUGAAAGCGAAGGUUAUUCAUGCUUGUGAGAAUCAUUGUAUUUUGUAUUACGAGGAGAAUGAGGAUUUCAUAGAGUGUCCGGUAUGCAAAACUCUGAGGUUUAAGUUGAAAGCUACCAAAGAUGGUCAUGUGGUGACAAAUGAACCUUGCAAAGUGCUGAGAUACUUUCCUGUAGACGAAAAACUAAAGAAAAUGUAUUAUCUACCUUGGAUAUCAGACCCAAUGUUGUGGCACGAUCGAUCGCAAGUUUCAUCUGAAUAUAUGCGUCAUCUAAUCGAUUCAUCUCAGUGGGCAAAAAUGAAACUGAAGUUUACGUUGUUUGUCACGGAAGGAAGAAAUGUUUGGCUUGGAAUAUCAACAGAUGGGUUUAAUCCUCAUGGUAUACAGACUUUGAGUUGGAGUUGUUGUCCUGUGAUCCUUGUGGUGUAUAAUAUUCUACCUUCUAUGUUUAUGAAGUCUGAAUUCCAAAUGAUGACUCCGUUGAUACCUGGGCGUAAGUCACCGGGUCAAGACAUUGAUGUUUUUUUGUGGUCGUUGGUCAACACGCUAAAAAAACUUUGGCAUCAAGGUGUAAAAGCUUUUGAUUCUUUGAAAAGGGAGUAUUUUACUCUGAAAGCAACUCUGAUGUUUGGAAUUCAUGACUUGCCUGUUCAAGUUGUUUUAAGUGGAUGUACCACUCAUGGCUACUGUGCUGUGUUUACUGCGCAGACGAAACUCGAAUCAAAGAACCCAUUUAGGGAUGGGACUUAUUUGAGAUUAGAGACACAUGAGCAUAAAAGUGCACCGCUGAGACUAACAGGAGCGCAGUCGCUUGAGAAGUUGGCUGAUGUUCAUUACGAACCUGGUAAGUUAGUGGUCCGCAAGACAGGUAAACGAAAGAGAUGUCAGUCUGAUAAAGAGGAAGAUGAUUCUGAGCUUGUCACGGGUGCUUUCUUCAAGAAGUGUAUUCUUUGGGAGCUUGAGUCGUAUUGUGCCUUGACUAUACGGCAUUGUGUUGAUGUGAUGCACACGGAAAAGAACGUCAUGGAACAUAUUAUCUACACUAUCUUUGAUAAGGAUAAUAAGGCUAUUGUUGCAUGGAAUAAUCGUGACAAAUUGAAGGAGAAUAAACUACAUUGUGGAGAGUGGAAAGAGAAGAAAACAAAGAAAGGAGUAGAGAUGGUUCCGCUGUUUGUUUUGAGCGAAAAAGAGAAAACCGAUUUUUGUCAGAUUCUGAAAGAUCUGAAAGUUCCUACAGGAUUUUCAUCGAAUAUAAGUAACAAUGUCAAUAUGGAGCAAUUGAACUUGAGAAGCUUGAAGUCACAUGACUACCAUGUGAUUAUGGGGUACUUAUCACCUGUUCUGCUUCAACAUGCCUUUCCAUGA